AUGCUUUCCUACACCGCCAUCGGUAUAGAGCUGGCUGUCGCUCUCAUUGUGUACAAGUUAUUCUUUUCCGGCAAGAAAGGAAAGCCAGAGAGAACACCAACCCCAAUUUAUGGCUUUCGUCCGAAGUUGACUGAAACAAUAUCCGACGGCAUUUUGUCUGCACAGUCAUUGCCUACUACGAUUAUUUAUGAGAGUGCCUUAAGAACAUCAUCACCGAAGAUGAAAGCUGUUACUACCCAGCUACGAGUGCCUCAACAUGGGCCUGAGGAACGACCAAGGUCUACGCUGCUCGCUUCAGAAACUGACAGACAUCUGACGGUACUGAAAAAGGACUGGAAGAAGGAUAUUGUGUAUCUCUAUCAGUUUCCACGUGCAAAGACAGUGCCGAACAUAUCUCCUUAUUGCUUAAAGGUCGAAACGUUCCUGAAGGUUUACAAAAUUCCUUAUGAGUAUCAUUAUACGUUACGUGGAGCAGACCCUCUAGAGGAGCUUAGUAGAGAAUGGGAUAAAGAAUGUAGUUUUCCAUAUUGUUCGUUCAAGAUAAAGAAAAGAUCUGUAGCCUCAUGGUUUCCAUCAGUUUGUCAAAGCUUUGUA